GAGCAGACAUAGCUUUUAUCUGGAUUAAGUUUGUCCUCUCUUCUACAUCGAACUAUCCACUCGUUCCUAAUAGUUUGGGAUACUAGAUCUUUCCCUUUGGGAAAGCGAUGAAAACUACAUUUUCGAGAACUUGCUUUUUCAUCAAAAUAGUUGUUAUUGCACCCAUACACGGCACAUCUCUUAACUUAACUUAUCCCACUGAAAAAGGUAAAAGAAAUGUAUUUCUUACCUUUAUCUAUAUUAUUAUGUGUAAUAUUUUGAGCUUACCUCCUAACUAAUAACACCGCUAAUAAGCAGCACGAAUACAAAACUUUUAAGUGUUUAAUUAAGAUUAAAAAUACUGUUUUUCUCAGUUCUCGCCACUCAAGCACAUACGCUUUUAAAGUAUUUGUUAAAGCUUAAAAACACUGUUUUGUCCAAGUUUUUUUUUUACAGAAAUACAAUUAACACAAACAUAAGCGCACUAUUCAUUAGUUUAAAUUAUUUUAAUUGUUCAAAGAACACAAAAUACAACGAUUUAAUAGGCCUUGAAAUGCGUUGACAGAAUACACAAAAACUGUUUGAGGACUUCGCUUACGUCACAAGCGACCACGUGCCAUGGAUAAUUUUGGCGAACGUAUGUCUUAUGGGAUUGGGCAAUCCUAUUAGGUUUACCAUUCUUGGGACUACCAGCCUAUUUUGCGCGAAACUAUGGCAUCGUGUCUACCAUUAAAAAAAUAGCAGUUCAAAAUACUUUAACCGCAAUUUUUUUCUACUAAUAAUAUACUUAUGUAGAAAUUGCAUCGCGUCAACUAUUUGAUAUUUAUUUAUUCUUGGUUUGUUUGAAUAAUGGGCGAAUAUUUCUCGUGAUAUUUCAAGCUUUAGUGAAUUAAAGUUGCUUUAAACUAUGAUUGUACAGAACAACCAAUAGAGAAAAGUAAUAUGAACGACCUAACCAUAAAAGGUCGUCAGAAAACCAAAAUAAUAUGGAUGUAUUUUUGUAAGUAACAGUGGAGUGUGACGGUUUAUAGCAGACAUCAGUUUUGAACUACUUCAUUGCUAUGGCUCAAAAGGUAGACAAGGAUGAACUAAGAACUAAAUUAACGCCAUUGCAGUAUCAUGUUACCCAAGAAAAGGGCACUGAAAGGCCAUUUUCAGGUUGUUAUAAUAAGCUUUAUGAUCAGGGUACUUACACAUGUGUGGUUUGUGAACAACCUUUAUUUAGUUCUGAAACAAAAUAUGAUUCGGGGUGUGGUUGGCCAGCGUUUAACGAUGUUUUAGACCAAGGCAAAAUUAAACUGAAGCCAGAUUCAAGUGGAGUUGGAGCAAAUUUAUUACUCCUGAUAUCCCAGCCAGAUAGAAUUAGGACAGAGGUGUCUUGCUCUCAGUGUGGUGCUCAUUUGGGGCAUGUGUUCAACGAUGGACCUCCUCCAAAGAAAAAGAGGUUCUGUAUCAACUCAGCAUCUCUCAACUUUAAACCAAAGAAAAACUAAUGAUAUAGGCUCAAACACCAAUUAUAUUGUUAGAUUUGCCUCUAAAUGUUAUGCAGUUAUAUUGUUUUGUAUGUAACUUAAUUAACUUAAUGCUCUGCAUAAUACUUCUGACAAGUAUAUUGGCUUAUUUGUCUUUAUAAUUGUUUUGAUAUGUUCAUGUUUCACUCGAAUUAAAAACUCACUAAUUUAGAUUCUUAUAGUUUAGAUGAAACAAAGAUCGAGAUUGUAAUUCAAAACAUUUUACUAUUCGAUUUUGUUGUUCUGGACAGGCUAGGUUCUAUUUACAAUUGUUGGUUUAAUGAGACUGCCAAAGAGCUGUGAUUUAUGAAAAAUCUAUAAUCGGAGAAACUCAUUGGGCUAUAGCAGCCAACAAUGUAAAUAGAACUGGGCCUUGAAAUAAGAAAUGAUUUUUGUGACAUUUUGAGAUUUUUUUUUACAAGACGCCUAUUGAUUUCUUUAUGAUGUGCUUACCUAUAACAGGUUAUCUAACAUUUGAAUCUGGCCUAAUUCUGACUGAUGUACCAUAUUAGUUAGUUCUUCAAUUGCCUAAGACUAACAUGAUUGAAUGUAAAAAUAUUAAUAAUAAGGUAU